UUCCAGUUUUAUUAUAUUUCAGUGUGGUAAUCCCUUAAACUGAAACUUGGUUAUAUAGUGGAUACCAAAUUUGAAUGUUAUCAAAUAUGAACCAACUCAAACGAUUGCGGAAAUCAGGGUCGAAAAAAAGGUUGGUAAAAAAGAGAGUUCGAACUCAAAUGUCAAUACGUUUCUUCAGCAAAAACAAAAAUAAGAAAUACCAUCAUUAUCAACAUCAUCAUCGUAAUCAUAAGGCUACACAUCACAUGAUAACACGGUCCUUCAGUAAAAAGAAUAAUAACAUAUACUCUCACCAUGAUGAUGAUAAUGAUUUAAACGCCAAAGAUAUAACGAUAAUUGAGCGUGUUAAUGAUGAUUGCCUGGCUAAAAUAUUCAUGUAUAUACCAACAUGUGAAAGACCAAAAAUUGCAUUGGUAUGCAAAAAAUGGAAAAGAGCCCUUGAUUAUUCUUGGUUUAAUGUCAAAAAACUUGAACUAACUUAUUGGGAAUAUGACGAGUAUCCACAUUUUUUAGUGAGAAAUUAUCCAAGAAUCAAUGGACAAUUCAAGUUUUUGAAAUCACUGCUUUAUAAAUGCGGUCGUUAUUUAAGAGAAUUAGACUUGUCAAUCUAUGGUUAUUGUAACAUAUUGCCAGUUAUUAAUGAGUAUUGUCAAAAUCUCGUAAAACUUCGAAUAAGAAUCCAUAAAAUUGAUAAUGCAAAAUUAGAUAAUGCAUUUUCGAAUCUUUCUAAACUUGAAGUAUUGAAAAUUAUAUUGCAUGGUUGUUUUGAUGAUAUAUGUUCAAUAGUAUCUUUAACUUUAAUCAAUUCAUUGUUAAAUGUUGCUGAUACAUUGACUGAUCUCAGUAUUUCAAAUUGGCCUGCGAUCCUUUAUGGAUUACCUCAUUUUCCAGGGGAAAUGAUUUAUGUAAUUCCUCAAUUAAAGGCCUUAAGAAAAUUUUCAGCUGCUGGUAUAGAAUGUCCCAGUCGUUUAAUCGACUAUUUGAAGUUUAUUAACAAUUCUAAAACAGUAACAUGCAUUUCUGAUGAUACUUGUUUCACGAUUAAAAUUGAAUAUUGCAAUAAAAUUACUGAUGAAUCAGCCAUUAAAGUUCUUGAAAAUUCACCAGACAUGAUUGAAUAUUGCGUCAGAAACACAGGUAUAACUUAUAAAUUUAUUGAAAAAGCAGCUGAAAUAUCAAGAAAUCGUGAAAUAGAAUUAACUAUAGUUUGUACACUUGACCCUGAUCAAACUGAAUAUGAAUAUUUGGAUAUUGAUUAUAUAUAA